AUGACCAGUGUGUUCCAAGUGCUAUGGCUCUCUUUGCUUGGUGCGGUGCAUUGCCAAUUCAUCAAUCAUUUGUGGCGCAUUGGCUGGUCCUCGGAUCUUGAGAAGGUGGUGGCGAUUCGCUCGACAGACAUUCUCACUAGCUCCGACGGGGGUUUGUCUUGGACUGACGUCACACCUGCUUCCGGCUCCUCUCCGGUUGGUGCAGAUGAUGUGGCCAUGUCAUCGGACGGGUCAAAGGCGGUUGCUGUGGUUUGGAAUGGCCACAUUUGGAGCAGCUCGGAUGGUGGGACGUCCUGGACGGAGGACGUCUCUUUGGGUGUCCAAGAAUGGCGAGGCGUGGCGAUGUCUUCCAGUGGUUCGGAGAUGGCUGCGGUGGGCGACAACACAGGGAUUUGGCUCACUUCGAAUGGUGGCACCACCUGGUCUCAGGCCCAGACAGCUGCUUCCACAGGAAUGCUAACAAGUGUAGCAAUAUCUUCAGAUGGUUCAAAGAUUGCUGCUGUGGGCGAUGGUGGGGUUUGGACGAGUGUGGAUAGUGGCGCAUCUUGGACGGAGCAGACCACACUUGGAGCUGGGCUGAGUUGGACAUCUGUUGCCAUGUCUUCUGAUGGAUCAAAGAUCGCUGCCGUGGCAAAUGCUAUCUGGGUGAGCUCAGAUGGUGGCACUUCUUGGGUAGAGGACACAAGCGUUGGCUCGACCAAGAAUUGGAAGGCUGUGGCCAUGUCUUCCGAUGGAUCCAAAAUGGCUGCCAUUGUCGGUGGGAGUGCGGGUAGUCCAUGGACAAGCUCCGAUGGUGGAAUCACUUGGCAGGAGGUCCCCUACUCACAAUCUUGGCAAGAUGUAGGUGUUUCUUCCGAUGGGUCCAAGUGGAAGGCUGGUCAUACUAAGGAUAACAGCCUUCUCCCAGGCACCUUUGCUACCACCACCACCACGGCUGCCACCACCAGUGGAGCUGUUGGAAGUUCUGUCGGGGCGGAGACGGGCUUGGAUUCCGUCACCCUUGCCAUCAUCAUCUCCACAGCAGCAGUUGUUGCGUGCUUGUGCUGCGUGGGCAUUGUCGUGCUGCGCCGCCGCUCGCAAGCUGGAGAUGACGUUCAACAAGCUGUCGUGCGAGCAGCUGUUUGA